AGCACUCCACCGAACUAGUACGCUGUCAGCGGUGUUUCAGGCUGGAUAGGCACCUACGGCCUCGGGAAACUAUUGCAAAAAUAUAUAAACAAAAUCUUCGCACAUAUCCGUGUUAUUUGAUCGGUUUGGGUAAUGGCCAGGCAAUAAUUUGAGAUUCGAACGCAAUGCGUUUCCGUCCACGACUACCAACUUCUAAGCAAUACAAUCGCCACUAAAAACUUUCUUUUCCAGAAGGCCUUGCAUUUUGUUACAACAGGUCCACGGCAUUUGAAGAGAGGAGACUGAUUAGGCUAUUAGACAACGAAAUACAUUGUAUUAUCUUUGGCCUUUUUUACAAUUCAACAACAAGAAGAGACCUCAUCGACUCGAUUAUAUUGGACAGGCUACGGGACAGGAUCAGGAUUAACAAUACAUUGAGCUGCAACGCCACCAGUUUUCCUAGAUACUACGAUCCAAGGAAUUAUUUAACUGGUUAAAUGCGGUACGAGGCUAAAAUGAUGCCGAUGUUCUUGACAGUGUACCUCAGUAACAAUGACCAGCAUUUUACCGAGGUGCCCGUUACCCUGGAGACGCUGUGCCGGGACGUGGUGGAGCUGUGUAAGGAGCCCGGAGAGACAGAAUGCCACCUGGCUGAGAUGUGGCGCGGAUCUGAGCGACCUGUAGGAGAUGGGGAGCGGAUGUUGGACGUGCUUCAGCGCUGGGGACAGCACAGGGCAGAGGUGCGCUUCUUCCUGCGUCACGACCGAGCACCCAGCAGAGAAUCAGGUGGCUCCCGAGGAUCAGACUCAAAGAGGAAUGGAGUGAAGAGCCCCUCAGAUAGACGGAUGGAGAACGGGGUGUCGGCCCCACGGAUGGACAUGACUCUGGCUGAGCUGCAGGAAAUGGCUGCCAGACAGCAGCAGCAGAUAGAUGCACAGCAGCAACUCCUCGCCUCCAAGGAGCAGCGUCUGCGCUACAUGAGGCAGCAGCAGCAAGCGUCGGAGCAGGAGAAGUUGCAGCGUCUCAAGGAGAAUGUGGAGAACCAGGAGACCAGGCUGAAGAAGGUCCGGGCCAUCAAGGGCCAGGUGGAGCAAAAACGCCUCAGCAACGGCAAGCUAGUGGAGGAGAUAGAGCAGAUGAACAGUCUGUUCCAACAGAAGCAGAAGGAGCUGGUGGUGGCUGUGUCCAAGGUGGAGGAGCUCAGCAGACAGCUGGAGAUGCUCAAGAACGGCAAGAUGGACUCCUUCCACGACAACCAGAGCUCUGUGGCUGAACUGGACCGCCUCUACAAGGAGCUACAGCUGCGUAACAAGCUGAACCAGGAACAGAACUCCAAGCUGCAGCAUCAGAGAGACAGUCUGAACAAGCGCAACCUGGAGGUGGCCUCUAUGGACAAAAGGGUCAGUGAGCUCCGAGACCGCCUCUGGAAGAAGAAGGCCGCUCUGCAGCAGAAAGAGAAUCUGCCUAAUGGCUACCCUGGUAAGGAGAGGGCUUCGAAAGACGCUCAUCCCCAGCUGCCCUCUGAUGGUCCGGGUGGUCAGCAGCAGCAUCAGGGUCCUUCUCGUGUGGCGGCUGUCGGCCCGUACAUCCAGUCGUCCACCAUGCCUCGCGGCCCAGUGAGACACGAGCUGCUGGUCAAACCUGCUGUCUACCCCGACGGCACCGCUAACAUGCCUGCACAACCAGAUCCCCAGGGCGAGGCCAACACAGCUAAAUUGGCAGAGUGGGGCCCUUCUGGACCAGAGCCCAACAGCAGUAGUCAUGGGUCAUCCUCCACACUGCCCAGAAUGACCUCUCACUCCAGCCCCAACACAGAGCAAGAUGAGACUGAGGGGAUGAAGAAGGACAGAAGGGUGCGUCCGUUUUCCAUGUUUGAGCCCACUGAGGUGCCCGCCGCCUCCCUCCGCAAGAACCAGAGCAGUGACGACCUGGUCAGAGACUCCCAGUCUGCUGCUAAACCCCCAGUUAAGGUUCCCCCACCCGUUGCCAGUAAACCUAAAGCCCCCAGUGGUGCCCCCUAUGGCAAGCCAGGCUUCAACACAGGCACCUUCCCCAAGGCCAAGCCUCCCAGCCAGCACCAGCAAUCCCAGGGGGGCCCACAGGCCCAUGUCUCCCUGCCCCCCUCCCAGAGCCAGACCCUGCCCCUGCCCUCAAAGCAGGACCCCCCUCCGGCCGCCACUGUCAGACCCUUCACCCCAGAGCUGCCUAAAGACCUGAUCAAGCCCCAGACCCUGGCAGCCAGCUCCAUCUACUCCAUGUACACCCAGCAGCCCACCCCAGGCAAGCCCUUCCCACCGGUCUUGCAGGGGGCUCUCAACAGGAGCCAGAGCCGCGGCAACGGAUUUGUCAGUGUGUACGGUAAGCCUGUGAUCCCCAGCGGAGGCCCCCAGCACCCAGAGAACCCUUACAGCGAGCAGCGACAUUCCCCAGACCAGCACUCUGAGGUGGACCACGGGGCCCCCCAUGUCCCCCCUGCCGAGGGCCAGCAGGGGGAGACAGAGCGCACCCCUCGUCCCCUCAGCCCCACCAAGCUGCUGCCCUUCAUCUCCAACCCCUACCGCCACCAGAGCGACGGGGACCUGGAGGCCCUCAGGAAGAAGCUGUACAACGCCCCGCGGCCCUUGAAGAAACGCAGCUCUAUCACAGAGCCCGAGGGCCCCGCGGGGCCCAACAUCCAGAAACUGCUAUACCAGAAGACCACGCUGGCUGCUAUGGAGACCAUCCUCACCACGCCCACCACACCCGAGGCUGUGAAGGAGGAGGGAGGGGCAGGGCCUGGUGUUCCAGGGGCCCAGAUUGGUGGGGAUAGCAGCCAACCGGAGAGUGUAACACUUGAGGCUUGUGAAGUCCUGCCCCCCUCCCCUAACCUCCUCCCCGCACUCCCUGCAGAGCACACUCCCCCACCAGCCAUCCCAAAGGGAGAACGAGAGGAGUUCACCGCCCCUCCCCAUCCGGCCCAUCCUGCACCGCGACCUGACCAGCCCCUGUUCCCCCCACCGUCCCCUGUUGCUGCUGCUGGCAUGGAGGAACCCAGCCCACCCAGCCUGACCCCUCCUCCAGAGAGUUUCACGGAGGAGUUCCCCCCCUACCCCCCACCACCCUACCCCAGCGGGGCUGGGCAGGAGAGCCUGGGGGAGGACACUCUCAGCAUGCAGGCACCAGAGGUCACCGGACAGGUCACAUUGCCACCUGGGAAGAGGACCAACCUGCGUAAGACUGGCUCAGAAAGGAUCGACCACAGUAUGAGGGUGAAGUUUAACCCCCUGGCCCUGCUCCUGGAUUCCUCUCUGGAGGGAGAGUUUGACCUGGUCCAGAGGAUCAUCUACGAGGUGGAGGACCCUAGUCUGCCAAAUGAUGAGGGGAUCACAGCCCUCCACAACGCAGUCUGUGCCGGACACACGGAGAUCGUCAAGUUCUUGGUGCAGUUUGGUGUCAACGUCAACGCAGCCGACAGUGAUGGAUGGACUCCGCUGCAUUGCGCGGCCUCCUGUAAUAACGUGCAGGUGUGUAAGUUCCUGGUUGAGUCGGGAGCAGCGGUGUUUGCUAUGACCUACAGCGACAUGCAGACGGCAGCAGAUAAGUGUGAGGAGAUGGAGGAGGGAUACACCCAGUGCUCCCAGUUCCUCUACGGAGUGCAGGAGAAGAUGGGCAUUAUGAACAGGGCUGUGGUCUAUGGCCUGUGGGACUACUCCAAUGACAAUUCUGAUGAGCUGGCGUUCCGUGAGGGUGACUGCAUGACCAUCGUUCGCCGGGAGGAUGAGGACGAGAUCGAGUGGUGGUGGGCGCGCAUGGGCGACACCGAGGGGUACAUCCCUCGGAACCUUCUGGGGCUUUACCCAAGAAUCAAGCCCAGACAGAGAAGCCUGGCUUAGACUGGCUCAUCCUGAACUGGACAUGGUCUGCAUCUUAGGCUAUGUUUACAUAGGCAGCCCAAUUCUAAUAUUUUUUUCACUAAUUGGUAUUUUGACCAAUCACAUCAGAUCUUUUCACAUCAGAUCUUUUUCAGAGCUGAUCUGAUUGGUCAAAAGACCAAAUGGUGAAGAAAAGAAAUGCAGAAUCGGGCUGCCUGUCUAAAUGCAACCUAAUUGGUCCACUAUGGCUUCCUCUCCUCGUCUCCUCUCCGCGUCUUUUCCUGCUUCAUCUGCUCUGACCUGUCAUGUCAGGAUGGGUACUAGUAAUAUGUUAGAAGGUUCCUGUGUAAUUUGAUCUCACUUUGCCAGCUCUUUCACAUCAGUGAGGAUGGAUGAAAUGAGGCAAGGGAAGGGAGCCAGUCGAGACGACUGAGACAACAAUUGAUAUGGAGAUCCACGCAGGCUUUAACAGGACUUUACAAGGACAGGCCAACAAUCACAUGAAGAAACGUUGAAAGACCAAACCACUUGAAGGAUUUUAAACUGACCUAUGAACACUACUUGUCAGGCGGGCCUAUAGCCACUGACUCUAUGGCCCGACUGUGGCACUUUUAUAUACCAGCAGAAGAGGUUUUCCACAUCUAUUUUUCAGACCACUUUGUGUGUGUAUAAGGCACUAAAGGCAUUAUGUUUCUCUGCAUGUUCGUCAUAUUGUUUUCAGAUCAGAUUUAAGUAUCUGCAGUUAUAUUGAUCGGAACUCUGGGGAUAAAUGGAACAAACAGUAUUUUUAUGUAGAAAGGUGAUUUUUACACUUCUUAAAUAGUCUUUCAAACUGUGUUUUCUUCUGGGUUAUUAUUUAAUUUUAACCCUGUUAGAAAGAGCUGGAGCUGAAGAGAGUAUUAGGUGAGUGAAUGGAUGAGUGUAAUGUUUGGUGAUGCGCGACAUUCUGUCUGAACAGUUAUUCUGUUACCUCGACAAUCCCUGUGGGGGCUCGGUCUGCUUGUCAUUUCCUGUUUUUAGUGGCCGUGUCCUUCUGUGUAACUAAAAUGUUUAACCCAUGUUUCAGCAUUGACCCUACUGUAUUGGCAAGAGUUAAUGUGUGUUUGUGUGUGUGUGGCGCUAUUACCACUGUUCAGCUUAUCAAAUUGGUGGGGGGGGGUGUAUAAUGUUAAUGGUUGGCAAAAUUUAGCCUAUGCCACUGUUGAUUUAGCAAUUGCUAUUGACUCUUGUUAUUUUAUGAUGCCAAAAUAGCCUGUGGUAUGUUUUCUAUGUGAGCAGAUUAUUAGCAUCGCUCAUCAUGUUUCUCUACACUGGCUUUAUGGUUGAGAUAUAACAAACAUAAUUGUACUGCGGUUGUGCUAUUGUCACAAUGAGCAUUCCUCUGAAACUAACUCACUUGUCGAAUCCAUGUUUUCUGUUGCUGAAAUGAUGUCCAUACAAUUCAUUUGGACCAUUUAGCCAUGUAGGAAGGAUGAGACUAAACUUCAAGAAACAUUUUUCACAUGUUAUACCUGUGUAGCUUUUGAUUGAAGAGUAAGAGAGGGCAAAAGAUUCAUGGUUACAAUGGCAGACAAGGAUGUCUUUCCUUAAAAUCUCUCAAGCAAGUUUAAUUGAAUGAAAACUCGGUUAAUCAGCUCAUUCAUAGUAAGGAAUUCUGCAUCAACUCGCCUCCACCCUUACCACUGUCUACUCAACAGAUGUAUUUAUUUUUGUUACCUUAUCAUCAUUUUUUUGUCUCGUCAAAACUAUAACCUCACAUGGAGAAUUGUAAACAUUUACAAUAAAAUACUUUGCAAACUAA